AUGGCACCACUCAAGAUCCUCAUCUGCGGCAGCGGCAUUGCCGGCCCGGCAACGGCCUUCUGGCUUAGUCGGAUCGGGUGCAGAGUCACAGUCAUCGAAAAGGCCACCGAGCAUCGCCACAGCGGACAGCAGAUCGACAUCAGAGGCGUGGGCGUGACAGCCAUGCGCAGAAUGGGCAUCGAGGCCGCCGUCCGCGCGUGCCUCGUCUCGGAGCAGGGCACGCUGCUCGUCGACACCACCGGCCGCCGGCGCGCCUUCUUCCCCGUCCUGGCCACGGGCACGGGGGACCAGAGCAUCACAUCCGAGUUUGAGAUUAUGCGCGGCGAUCUCUCGCGCGUCAUGUACAACGCCAACAAGGACACGACUGUCUACAGGCACGGCGUCACCGUUGAGUCGUUGGAGCAGCAGCAGCAGCCGCAGCCCGGCAACGAUGAGAGCGGCGGCGGCGGCGUGCACGUUGUCUUCUCCGACGGCGUCCAGGACACGUUCGACUUGGUGGUGGGCUGCGACGGCAUGUACUCGGCGACGCGGAAGCUGCUGCUCGGCCCCGACGCGCCCGACGCCUUCCACGGCUCGGGCGCCGCCAUCGCCUGGGCCACGGUCCCCGCCGAGCCCGCCGACACCAACCACUUCACGUGGUGCCUCGCGCCGGGCCGCCGCGUGCUCGGCUCGCGCAUGGACCGCCCCGACUGCCUGCGCGCCUACUUCAUAGCUUCCAUCGCCGGCUUACCCGCCGACCACCCCAUGCGCGCGACGCUGCGCGGCGGCAGCCCAGCAGCCCAGCGGCGGGCGUGGGCCGACCACUUCCGCGACGCCGGGUGGCACUCGGCGCGCUUCGCCCGCGACAUCGUCGCGUCGCCGCUAGCCGACGACUGGCACGCCUGCGAGAUGGGCCUGGUCAAGAUGGACGCCUGGUCGCGGGGGCGCGUCGUGCUGCUGGGCGACGCGGCGUGGUGCCCGUCGCCCGCCGGCUGGGGCACGUCGGCCGCGCUCGCCGGCGCGUACGUGCUGGCGGGGGAGAUGGCGCGGCACUGCGGGCCUGUCGGGGAUGAGCCGCGGCGCGAGGGCAUCGCGGCCGCUCUGCUGGCGUACGAGACGGCGCUGCGGCCGUUCGUCACCAAGAUCCAGAAUGCGUCGAAUGCUAGCGGCAACAUGCUGCCUAGCUCGCGGCUCGCCAUCUCGGCCAUCGAGCUCGUUGCCAGCUGGAUGCGCACCCUGCGGCUUGACAGGAUUCUAGCGCGCUUGGCUAUGAGCGGCGGCCUUGGCUGGGAACUACCGGAGUAUCCUGAGCUCAGGGCGCUGGAGACAGAGGAGAUGUGA